AUGAAUGUUGCUAAUUCUAUAGCAGAUGCUGAAGAAUUAGUCAACUUCGCUGAAUUAGAACAAAGUUUUAGUCGUGUUGUUCAAGAUAUGGUAAAUGAUAAAUCAUUAGAAAAGUUUCGAAUAGAAUAUGAAAAACUUCACGAAGCUUUAAUUGCAUCUCACGAACAUAAUAAGAUUCUAGUAGCAAAAUGCAAUGAACUUAAUGAUGAUAUUUUGAAAAAUGCUAAACAAAUUACAAAUAUAAUAUCAUUAACACAGGCAGAUCAACGAACAAUCAAUACACUAAGACAAGAAUUCGAGAAAGCAUGGGUAAUUGUCGAAGAAUCUACAAAUAAAGAACAACAAGCUCGUAGAAUUAUUAAUAAUUUAAAAGAAGAAGUUGAUAAUCUUUCAAAUCUAAUUGCGAAAAGCGGAAACAUACAUGAUGAUCCAGAAAUCUCAAUGCAAGAUGUCGAAAAAGAGAUCAAUGAAAUUAAAACAGAAAUUAAUACAAAUAGAGACUUAAUUUCUCAAAUUACAGACGACAUAUCAACAUCACGAACAAAAUUUUACGAAAUAAAAGAUGAAAUAAAGAAAAUUAAGCCUCAAAUCGAGAUUGACGAACAAGAUAUACAAGAUACUCUCAGAAACAUCGAAUCUAUACACGGAGAAAGUGUCGAAGUACAUAACAAAGUGGGUGAUAUACAAAUAGAAAUUACAAAAUCAAACUUAUCUUCAAAUGAAAUAAAUGAUCAGUAUAAUAGCAAAAAAGAAGACUUAAAAGAACUUAACAGACGCUUAGAAAACGUUAAAAACUCAAUGGCCAUAUAUAUUGAUGAACGUGCAAGUAUAGAUGCCGUUGUAAAUCAAUUAAAAAUUAAUUUACACGAAGCACAGACUCAAACCAAAUAUUAUGAACGACAAUUCAAUGAUAAAAAUGCCAAAUAUAAUGAUAUAGUUGAAAACAGUAAGGAUUUACCGCAAAAAAUCGUUGAAUUAGAUUCAGAAGCAAAAGAUUUGAUACUAGAUCAAGCUGAAAUAAAGAAAUACAAAGAGAAACUUACAGAAGCAAAGCUGGACUAUCGCAUGUGCCUUGCAAAGAACAGAGAUAUGACUUUGGACGCGAAAAGAGAAAUUAAUGGGGAAAUUCUUGAUGCGAGAAGAUACAGAUUGAAAGCGGAUACAGUUGAAAAACAAACUCGAGAGAUCGAAAAAUCCAUUGCAAAUGAAGUUUCUGAAAGUCAACAUCAAGUAUUACAACAAGAUUCAGCAAAAAAAGACAUAAAUAACCAGAAACUAACAAUAAAUGAGUUACUAAAAAUUAUUGAACAGAUAAGAGAAGAAAUUCGAUCAAGUAUUGAUGAAUCUCGAGAAUCAAAUAACAAUCUUCAGCAACAAGAAGCAAAAAUAGAAGCUACUAAGAAGAAAAUAGAUGAAGCGAACAUAAAACUGAACGAAAUCCAGUUAAACAUCAAGAAAGUCUCUCAAUCAAGAGAUAUAAUGAGAAAUGAAAGAGAUUUUGUAGGCCAAAAAUUGAAAAUUGAAAGAAGCCAAACAGAUGGAAUCAAAAAAUCAUAUGAGACAAGCAAAAGACAGACUGAAAGCCUCAAGGAUGAAAUAAUGACACUCGAUGAACAAGGUGUACGUGAGCACUUGGAAUUACUCCAUUUCGAGAACGAAUUGGAAGAAUUAGAAAAAGUAAAUGAAAAAACAAGAAAUGACACUUUUUUGAAACAUUCUGAAGCAAAAGUCAUGGAGAAAAACGUGUUAAAUCAUAGACAUAUUCUCCAAGAAGCAGAAGUAGACAUAGAGAGUAUGAAAAGGAACAUAUCAAAUGUUCAACAAUCGAUUUCUUUGAUACAAAAUACAAUUGCAGAAAAAUUGGUUGAAAAAAGAAAUCAAAAUUCAAGUAUUAUAGCAAUGAACAAUAUUCUAAAUCAAAAUGUUCAUUCCUUUGAUUCAUUAGUUGCUAAAAUCCUUGAAAGUAAGGAAAUAUUAAGUAGAGAGCUAGAAAGACAAAAUUUACUAAAAAGAAAAGUUGAAAUUAUGAAAGCUUUGAAAAGUGAAGUGACCAGAUUAGAAAAAGAAUUAGUUACAGCGGAGAGUUAUGAAGCAGCAAUAGUCGAAGAACUUCAAACACCUAUUACUAUACCCAAAUGGAUAUUCCUUGAUGCAACAAACCCUGAAUUAGCAUCAUUAAUGAGAAUGAAAUUGACACUUUUAAAUGAAAUUGCUGAUAAAAUGGAUCUACAAGCAAAACUUAAAAUAAAACGUCAACAGUUAGACGAUAAACUAGAAAAGGAAACUAAAAAGAUUGUUAAAAUAAGAGGAACGGUUUUUGAAGAAGAAUAUAGUUUAUUACAAAACGAACUUAAAAGGAAAAACAGAGAACUAUCAAUUAUGCAGAAAAGAUUCGAGAAAACAUCAGUAGAUGUAAAUGAAAGGUUCGAAGAAAUAGAAAGUGCAAGAUCUGAACUGAGACAAGAAAGAAAUGAAUACCAGGUACUGAAACAAAGAACAAUGUCUGCAAGACAAUCCAUUUCUAACAAUGGAAAAGAAGAAAGAAUGUCAAAAGGAAAAUUUAAAUUUAAUGAAAGAGUAAAAGGAAGAGAUUUGAUGUAUGUUGGUGGUGGAUUUGCUUAUGGUAGAACACAGAAUGUUCCUCUUAUACAGCCACAAGCAAAGAAAGAAAAAUUCCUGCCAACAAUCAAUUUACAAGAUAAAGAUGACUUAAGAAGAAAACGAGCAUCGAAGUGCAGUGAACCGAUAUCAAAUAGGAAUUCAACAACAGAGGAAUUUAAUGUUAGACCUCCUUCAGGAAGAACAAAGAAAUCAAAGAAUCCAAGAAGUUCGAGAAGAAGAAUGAAAAAGCCAGAUGAUGAAACAUAUUAA